AUGGCCUCUGCGACCGCGACCGGAAAGCUCUCUCGCGAAGAGUUCCGGCGACAGAAGGAGCUCGAUGCUGCCCGCAAGGCCGGCACCGCGCCCGCCGCCUUAGACGAGGAGGGCAAGCCCAUCAACCCCCACAUCCCCCAAUACAUCUCCCAGGUGCCCUGGUACCUCGACUCGGGCGGACCGACGCUUGCCCACCAGCGGCGGCACGAAGAAAAGCCCAAGGACUCGCUCGACAACUGGUACGACCGCGGCGCGCGCGCCGGGCCCGCCGCGAAGAAGUACCGCAAGGGCGCCUGCGAGAACUGCGGCGCGCUCACGCACAAGAAGCAGGACUGCCUCGAGCGGCCCCGCAAGAAGGGCGCAAAGUACACCAACCGCGACAUCGCGCCCGACGAGGUCAUCCAGGACGUCGCCGUGGGGUACGACGCCAAGCGCGAUCGGUGGAACGGGUACGACGCGGCCGAGUACAAGAAGAUCUACGAGGAGUACAACGCGCUCGAGGCCGCGCGCCAGAAGCUGCGCGAGGAGGAGAUCGACAAGCAGACGACGACGGACCUCGCGGCGGUGCGCAAGGUCGCCAAGGCUGGCAAGGAGAAGGGCGACUACGAUUUUGGCUCGAGCGACGAGGAGGACGAGGACGAGGAGAAAUACGCGGACGCCGCCGACGCUGUCGGCCAGAAGGUCGACACCAAGACGCGUAUUACCGUCCGCAAUCUGCGUAUCCGCGAGGACACGGCCAAGUACCUGCUCAACCUCGACCCCUCCUCCGCCUACUAUGAUCCCAAGACCCGAUCCAUGCGCGACGCGCCUAUCAAGCACAUAUCUCCUGAGGAGGCCAAAUUCGCUGGUGAGAACUUCACGCGGCACACAGGCGAAGCCCCCGAGAUGCAGAACCUGCAGCUCUUCGCGUGGCAGUCGCAGAACCACGGCUCCGAGGUGCACCUCAACGCGAACCCGACCGCCGGCGAGCUCCUGCACAAGGAGUACAAGAAGAAGAAAGAGGAAUUGAAGGGCACUACGAAGAGCAGCAUUCUCAGCAAGUACGGCGGCGAGCAGUACCUGGAGACGGCGCCGAAGGAGCUGCUGCAGGGCCAGACGGAGGAGUACGUCGAGUACUCGCGCACGGGGCAGGUCGUCAAGGGGCGCGAGCGCGCGAAGGCGCGGUCAAAGUACGCCGAGGAUGUGUACAUCAACAACCACACAGCUGUCUGGGGCUCCUGGUUCGACCCCUCCACGGGCCAGUGGGGCUUCGCCUGCUGCCACUCGACCAUCCACGCCUCCUACUGCACCGGCGAAGCCGGCAUCGAAGCCGCGCGCGCGUCCUCCGCGCAGACCCUCCUCGCCUCCUCCUCCUCCUCCUCCAUGCCGCCCCCCGCCUCCACCCAGCCCCUCGCCGAAUCCUCAUCGUCCACCGCGGCCGCGAGAGAAGAGGAGGACGAGCGCAAGCGCCGCGCGGAGCGCCUGUUCUCGAAGGAGCGCGUCGGCGAGGGCGAGGUGCGGCUCGACCGCGAGAAGCUCGCGCGCGCGAUCCAGGAGGAGCGCAAACGCAAGACGCGGGGCGAGGAGGACGACGAGCGCGCGGGGAAGAAGAAGCGCCCCGGCGCGGAGACGGCGGAGGUGACCGAGGAGCAGCUCGAGGCGUACCGGAUGACGAGGAAGAUGACCGAGGACCCUAUGGCGAAUUAUGUGGAUACGGAACUGUAA